GCUGCGCGGCCCGGCGCGCUCGCACUUGGACGCCCGCCGCCCCCGCGUACACACCCGGGCUCCGCGGGCUCCCCCGCGAGGCCCAGCUGGUGCAUCCCCCGCCGGGGACCCCCAGGCCCGCCCCGCCCCGCCCGAGCCAGCGGAGACGGCGGCGCCGGCGCGAGGAGCAGAAUGUCCUUCCAGGGCAAGAAGAGCACCCCCCGGAUCACGAGUGACCGCCUCCUGAUCAGAGGGGGGAAGAUCGUGAAUGAUGACCAGUCCUUUCACGCUGACCUGUAUGUGGAGGACGGCCUGAUAAAGCAAAUUGGAGAAAACCUCAUUGUCCCUGGGGGCAUCAGAACUAUCGAUGCCCAUGGCCUGCUGGUCCUGCCAGGUGGAGUCGACGUCCACACGCGGCUGCUGAUGCCCGUCCUGGGCAUGACCCCCGCCGACGACUUCUGCCAGGGGACCAAGGCCGCCCUGGCGGGGGGCACAACCAUGAUAUUGGACCACGUGUUCCCCGAGGCGGGGGUGAGCCUGCUGGCAGCCUACGAGCAGUGGCGGGAGCGAGCGGACGGCGGGGCCUGCUGCGACUACUCCCUGCACGUGGACAUCCCCCGCUGGCAUGAGAGCACCAGGGAGGAGCUGGAGGCCCUGGUCAGGGACAAGGGUGUGAACUCCUUCCUGGUCUUCAUGGCGUACAAGGACAAGCACCAGUGCACAGACGGCCAGAUGUAUGAGAUCUUCAAUGUCAUCCGGGACCUGGGGGCCGUGGCCCAAGUGCACGCGGAGAACGGGGACAUCGUGGACGAGGAGCAGAAGCGGCUGCUGGAACUCGGUAUCACCGGCCCCGAGGGCCACGUGCUCAGCCACCCCGAGGAGGUGGAGGCCGAGGCCGUGUACCGUGCCGUCACCAUCGCCAGGCAGGCCAGCUGCCCCCUGUACGUCACCAAGGUCAUGAGCAAGGCAGCGGCCGACGUGAUCGCCAGGGCCAAGCGGCGAGGGGUGGUGGUGUUCGGGGAGCCCAUCACCGCCAGCCUGGGCGCGGACGGCUCGCACUGCUGGAGCAAGAACUGGGCCAAGGCUGCCGCCUUCGUCACGUCGCCCCCCAUCAGCCCGGACCCCAGCACCGCGGACCACCUCGCCGCCCUGCUCUCCAACGGGGACCUCCAGGUGACUGGCAGCGCCCACUGCACCUUCACCACCGCCCAGAAGGCCGUCGGCAGGGACAACUUCACUCUCAUCCCCGAGGGCACCAACGGCGUGGAGGAGCGCAUGGCCGUGGUCUGGGAGAAAUGUGUGGCCUCGGGGCAAAUGGACGAGAAUGAGUUCGUUGCGGUGACCAGCACGAACGCGGCCAAAAUCUUCAACUUCUACCCGAGGAAGGGGCGGGUGGCCGUGGGCUCUGACGCCGACCUGGUCAUAUGGAACCCCCGGGCCACGAGAAUCAUCUCUGCCAAGACCCACAGCCUGAACGUGGAGUACAACAUCUUUGAGGGCUUGGAGUGCCGAGGAGCCCCCAGCGUGGUCAUCAGUCAGGGCCGGGUUGUGCUGGAGGACGGGGCCCUGUGCGUCACCCCCGGGACUGGCCGCUUCAUCCCACGCAAGACCUUCCCUGACUUUGUCUACAAGAGGAUAAAGGCCCGGAACCGGCUGGCGGAGAUCCACGGCGUGCCCCGAGGCCUCUACGACGGGCCGGUCCAUGAGGUGAUGGCGCCCACCAAGCCGGGGGCCGGGGCCCAGGCCCGCGCGUCCUGCCCCGGGAAGAUCUCCGUGCCCCCCUUCCGCAACCUGCACCAGUCGGGGUUCAGCCUGUCUGGCUCGCAGGCCGACGACCACAUCGCGCGGCGCACGGCCCAGAAGAUCAUGGCGCCCCCUGGCGGCCGCUCCCACAUCACGUCGCUGUCCUAGGUGCUGCCGCGGGCGGCCGGCCCCCUUCUUGUUCCCCUCCUUCCUUGAACCCACUCUGAAAGGUGCUUGGCCCUCCCUUCCCCUCCCCAGCACCUCUCCCCUUGGGUUCCCACGGCCCGUUACAGGGAGCCCCCGCGGGAGAGGCUGAAUGGGCGAGGUUUCACUGCCAGGGCGGGCAGAGGGGCUGGGCAUGCUGGCGGGGGCAGCUCAGGAGCCCCAAACCUGGGGCCCUCGGAAGACGGGGACCUCUGGAGACGCCCAGGACAGAAGGCGGAGGGCAUGGUGCCCUCAUGCCCAACUCGGCUGCCGUCCCAGCCCUGCCCGAGCUGCUGUUACUUCAGGGGCCCGCAGGGAUGCCCUGCGGGCAGCUGUACUUCUCAGACUUCCCAGGGACCAGACCCCCACGCCGUCCGUAGAGCCCUUCCUCCUCCAGGGGCCCCAGAGGCCCGGAGCCGAGUGCUUCCUUCUCCUACGACGUGUGUUCCCAGUAGUUGAUUAGAGAAGCCAUCCUGUGUGCCGAGGGCACUGUAGUCAGGAACCCGCAUGCCAGCCGCAGCCCGCGGCCCCAGUCCCGUGGAACCGCGUUGAUUAAAGGCAUCUGGACUGGAA